CUCAAUAGCCUCAUGAUGUGAUUAUCUUCAUCUUUCUCCGCUUUGUAUUCCUAUUCCUUUCACCCACAUGAUCGGUUUUCUUGCUUCUUUUUUUUUUAGCUUCACUAAAAUCAGUCCUUCCAAUCUUCAUUCAUUAGUCCUGAAGAUGUCUAGCGGGAAGAAUUUUGCAGAAGGAUCAUCAAGCUCUCCCAGUGAUCACCAGCACCACCAGCAGCAAACAAUACCAAGCCGUUAUGAGUCGCAAAAAAGAAGGGACUGGAACACCUUUGGGCAGUACCUAAAGAACCAAAGGCCCCCAAUUCCACUCUCCCAGUGCAGUUACAACAAUGUGUUGGACUUUCUUCGAUAUCUUGACCAGUUUGGAAAGACCAAAGUUCACCUCCAAGGGUGUAUAUUUUAUGGACAGCCGGAGCCACCUUCACCUUGUACCUGCCCACUUAGACAAGCUUGGGGAAGCCUAGAUUCCCUCAUUGGGCGGCUUAGAGCUGCUUAUGAAGAGAACGGAGGCUCAAUAGAAACAAAUCCCUUUGCUAACAGCGCGAUCAGGGUUUAUCUUCGAGAGGUAAGGGAGUGUCAAGCUAAAGCAAGGGGGAUCCCAUAUAAGAAGAAAAAGAAGAAUACUAGUCAAAGCAAGGGAAAUGAAGAGAGUUCUACUACGCACUUCUCUUGAUUCGUGUCGCCAAAUCAAUGUGGGUCACGGGGGAAAAAUUGAAUCAGAAGGAAUGUUGAGAUCAAGAUACUACUGCAUGCAUUGGAUCAGUUUCUGUCGUCUUUACUUGGACCACAUGAGUACGUACUCAUUUUUAACUUUCGAGUUAAUUAGGAAGUAAUUCAGUACUGUUUGUGAUCAGCCUGCUGGUCUUGAAAGUCUGUCUAUAUUUCAUUUACCUCUUGGAGAAUGUAAAAGCACUUGCUAUAUAUACUGCAAACCCGUAGCUCAUGUAUGUAA